AUGAAGCUUGAAUUCUUCUCAACACUAGCUCUUUUGAGUUUGCAAGCCGCAUGGGGAUUUGUUCCUAACACUCAAGUGAGAACAAACUUGAAGUCUGAGUCAACUUCGUUGAAGAUGGUGGACUAUCCGAAGCCAAACGUCGAAAACACUGAAAACUACCGCAAUAUGGAAGCUCUCUCCUCAUCGUUCGGUACUCAACUGAAGGCUAAGGAAUCCGAGAAGAAAAAGGUUGCCAUCAUUGGCGGUGGACUUUCUGGGUUGGCAUGUGCCAAGUACUUGGUGGAUGCUGGCCAUGAACCUACAGUGUACGAAGCACGUGAUGUCUUGGGAGGAAAAGUUUCUGCAUGGCAAGACGAAGACGGGGACUGGAUUGAAACUGGAUUACACAUCUUCUUCGGUGCUUACCCCAACAUGAUGAACCUCUUUGCCGAACUUGGCAUCCAUGACCGUCUUCAAUGGAAGAUUCACCAAAUGAUUUUUGCCAUGCAAGAACUUCCUGGAGAAUUCACCACUUUUGACUUUAUUCCAGGAAUCCCAGCCCCUUUCAACUUUGGACUUGCUAUUCUCAUGAACCAAAAGAUGUUGACUCUUGGAGAAAAGAUUCAAACUGCUCCCCCACUUAUUCCCAUGUUGAUUGAAGGACAACCCUUCAUUGACGCUCAAGAUGAGCUUUCGGUUACCGACUUUAUGCGCAAGUACGGUAUGCCCGAACGCAUCAACGAAGAAGUCUUCAUUGCGAUGGCAAAGGCUUUGGAUUUUAUUGAUCCUGAUAAGCUUAGUAUGACUGUUGUUUUGACUGCCAUGAACCGCUUCUUGAAUGAAGACAAUGGUUUGCAAAUGGCUUUCCUUGACGGAAACCAACCUGACCGCCUUUGCGCUCCUAUGAAGGAUCACAUUGAAGCCAAAGGAGGAAAAGUCGUAAUGAACUCUCCUAUCAAGGAAAUCGUUACCAACGACGAUGGAUCUGUCAGCCACUUGCUCCUUCGUUCCGGAGAGAAGGUUGAAGCCGAUGAAUACGUUUCUGCCAUGCCAGUCGACAUUAUGAAGCGCAUGACUCCGAAGAAGUGGCAAAAUAUGCCUUACUUCCGCCAAUUCGACGAGCUGGAGGGUAUUCCUGUGAUCAACUUACACAUGUGGUUCGAUCGCAAGCUGAAAGCAGUUGAUCACUUGUGCUUCUCUCGUUCUCCUCUUCUAAGUGUUUACGCUGACAUGAGUGUCACUUGUAAGGAAUACUAUGAUCCCGAAAAAAGUAUGCUGGAACUUGUCUUCGCUCCUUGUUCUCCUCUUGCUGGAGGAAAUGUUAACUGGAUUGGCAAGACUGAUGAGGAGAUCAUUGACGCUACCAUGGGCGAACUUGCCAGAUUGUUCCCCACUGAGAUUGCGGCUGAUGAAACUUGGCCCGCCACCAUGAAGCAAAAGGAAGGAAAGGCCAAGCUUAUCAAGUACGCCGUCGUCAAGGUUCCAAGAAGUGUGUACGCUGCUAUUCCAGGCCGCAACAAGUACCGCCCCAGUCAGCGUGCCCCAAUCCCCAACUUCACCAUGGCUGGUGACUGGACAUCCCAAAAGUACUUGGGUUCGAUGGAAGGAGCUGUUUUCGGAGGAAAAUUGGCUGCCGAAGUUGUUUCCAAGAAGGCCAAGGGAAUGCAACUGCCAAUGGAAAAGGUCAUCCAACAGAACAUUGUGGACUCUGCUGCCAGCUACGAGGCUAAGGAGCCAAUUGGAAUUAUGGGAGACGGAGCAAUUGCAUUCGGUGCUGGUGCCAGCCUGAAGCAAGAAAACGAAAGUCUUCUUCGCACUGCCGAUCCUGUACAAUUUGCGUGA